AUGCCAAAACAACAGAAAACGCAAAAACGAAAGAAGUACCAAGUCGACGAAUUAGUCGAAACGAUGGAGCAAUUACCACCUAACACGUUUUUGUACAAAAAGGAACAAAUACCACCAAAACUAAAGAAAAUCUUUGAGUUACAACAAGUCUUUCCAGAUUGCCCAGAAGAAGUUUUAGAAGUUUUACUCGAAGAAAACGAUAUGGACGUUAACAAAACGGCGGACGUUUUGUUCACACAACAAGCUUCGUAUGACCCGGCGGUAUUCUCCGUGCCGCAAAAACCGAUGAAGAAACUUAAAACGGAAAGUGAGCGAUGUGAAGGCCGUUGGGCGAAAUACGGGCAAAAAAUACGAGAAGAAACUUUAAAAACAUCACCAGAACUUUUAGAAGAAAAUUCGAAAGAACAAUUCGAUGAUGCAAUAGACGAAAACGAAAUUAAAAGACCGACAAUGGCGGAUAAAAUGAAGCUGAGGUAUUUGAAUGAUAUCUUCAAUGGAUAUACCACGAAAAACGAUAUUGAUGAGUUAUACACCAUUUUGGGCGGAGAUGUCAAAACGAUAAUUGCUGUGUUAGCUGAAGGGCACGAUGAGCUCAAAACGAGACUUGGACUUGUUGAAGACGAUUUCACCAAAAUAGAAGAUGAAAAUAUGGAUACCGAAAUAGUCGAGGAGAAAGUGAGUAUGCCCGUAGUGAGGGGGAUGAUGAGUGGAGAAAAUGAGAAGAGUUUUGUUGAGCGCAUGAAUGACGAAAUAUCUCUGGCGUCAAGAGAACGUGCGUUUUAUUCGAAGCAAUUAAUUAGCGCGCCAAGGAACUCGAAAAACGCGCACGAGAUUCAAAGUCGUAUUGGAGAGUUGGUUAGAAAAAUCGAAUUCAAACAACAAAACGUUAUUAAUUUAUAUACAAGAAUGUUAAUGAGAAAGACAGCAGAUCAUUCAAAGAGUUGUCUUGAGAUAGAUGUGCACGGGUUUUCUGAGAAAGAAGCAGUUGAGGCACUUGCUCGAUUGUUAAGUGUAGCUGAGUACUCCAAAAUGGGAAUGAUCAGAUUUAUUACUGGAAUUGGAAGACAUAGUGAAAAAGGGUAUUCAGUCAUAAAACAGAGGAUGGCUCUCUAUCUCGUGAGAAACAAAUACCACUUCGAUGAGGAAAAAGGAGCACUUCUCGUCUAUCUGUAA